AUGACCGAUCUUGCCAUUGAAGUGAAAAAUCUUAAUUACACCUACCCAACUGGCCUGAUUGGGUUACAAGACAUUUCUUUAUCCCUAGCUUGGGGGUCACGUCUCGUCAUCGUUGGUCCUAAUGGUGCUGGCAAGUCAACCCUUCUCAAACUUGUUUCCGGACAACGACUCACAAGUACCCCUCAGGCAAUCAAACUUGCUGGCCAAGACCCAUUUAGUAGAGCAUCUAACAAUGUCGCCACAUUUCUUGGAACCGAAUGGAUAUUGAACUCCGUGAUACGACGCGAUAUGCCAGUGAAGACCCUCAUUGAAUCGGUGGGCAUCAAUAAUUUACCAGAUCGUCGUGAUGUAUUGUUGGAGAUUUUGGACAUUGACUUAUCGUGGAACAUGAACCAUAUUAGUGAUGGUCAACGCCGAAGAGUGCAAUUGCUCAUCAAAUUGUUCCCUCUUUGGCAAGUGUUAUUAUUAGAUGAAGUCACCGUUGAUCUCGAUGUGUUGGUGCGUCUCAGACUUCUCAAUUGGUUGAAACAAGAGACCUUGACCCGUAAAUCGUGUAUCAUUUAUGCCACUCACAUAUUUGAUGGGUUGGCGACUUUGGAUUUCCCAACCCAUUUGAUCCAUUUAAACAAGGGAAAAAUUACAAAGAGCAUAAACUUCAAUGAUGAUAUUGAGUUCGUGGCCGCAGGUCAAGGUACAGAGGAUGAAAGUGAAGUGAAGUACAAUGAUAUUGAACAGAUCCUAAGAGGGAAAUCAGAUGGCAAUAAGACAAUUGAAGAUCAACAUACUAGAAAGAAGAUGAAAAUAUGUAUGGUUCCAAGUGUUCAUCCGUUGGCAUUACAUUGGUUGAGUGAAGAUUACAAGAGCAGCAAGCAAUAA